GCUGCCUUCGUCCACCCGCCCCGCGCCAUGAAGACCAAGUUCUGUAACGGCGAGACCGACCCUUCCCCGCUCGGGCUCCUCCUCGGCUGCGGCCCCGGCUCCGGUGGGGGCGGCGGCGUCCUAGCCGCUGCCGGGCAGCCCCCUUUGCCGCUGGCUCACGCCGACUCCGAAAGGAAGGAGCCCGUGGCGACGAGCAGAGGCGAUGGCGCCACGACCCCGCCUUCCGCGCUGCUGCUGCCGCCGCCUGAGGAACCGCUUCUCGACCCCCGAACGCGGCGCAAAGCGUAUCUGUGGUGUAAGGAAUUCCUGCCUGGGGCCUGGCGUGAGCUGCGGGAGGAGCAGCUGCGCAUCAACCCCAUCAGAGGUGGCCUCAGCAACAUGCUGUUCCAGUGUUCACUACCUGAUACAAUUGAGACAGUUGCAGAUGAACCACGGAAAGUUCUCCUGCGCUUAUAUGGUGCAAUCCUGCAGAUGAGGUCCUGCAAUAAAGGAGAGUCUGUACAGUCUCAGAAGGAAAAUUACUUGCAAGGGCCAGAAGCCAUGGUUCUGGAAAGUGUUAUGUUUGCCAUUCUUGCAGAGAGAGCUCUUGGUCCAAAACUGUAUGGAAUCUUUCCACAAGGACGAUUGGAGGAAUUCAUUCCUAGCAGGAAACUGACUACUGAAGAACUAAGCUUACCUGACAUAUCUGCUGAAAUAGCUGAGAAGAUGGCUAGAUUUCAUGGCAUGAAAAUGCCAUUUAAUAAAGAACCUAAGUGGCUUUUUGGAACAAUGGAAAAAUACCUAAAUCAAGUGCUGAGGAUUAAAUUUACCAGGGAGUCCAGAACUAGAACACUAAACAAACUCCUCAGUUACAAUCUCCCACAAGAAAUGAAAAAUCUACGAGCAAUCCUUGAAGCUACUUCCUCACCAGUUGUAUUUUGUCACAAUGACUGUCAAGAAGGUAAUGUUUUGCUUCUGGAAGGCAGAGAGAAUUCAGAAAGCCAAAAGCUGAUGCUCAUUGACUUUGAAUACAGCAGCUAUAAUUACCGAGGAUUUGACAUUGGAAAUCACUUCUGUGAAUGGAUGUAUGAUUAUACAUAUGAGAAGUACCCAUUCUUCAAAGCUAGUGUUCUUAAAUACCCUUCGAAGAAGCAACAGCUUCACUUUAUCUCCAGUUACCUGUCUGCAUUCCAUGAUUGCUUUGAAAGUCUGAGCAAUGAAGAGAAGUUAAAACUAGAAGAAGAAGUGUUAACAGAAGUUAACAGGUUUGCCCUUGCAUCACAUUUCUUCUGGGGUCUGUGGUCUGUUAUACAAGCAAAGAUCUCAUCCAUUGAGUUUGGUUACCUGGAAUAUGCGUUAUCCAGAUUUGAUGCAUACUUUGAUCAGAAGAAGAAGCUGAAGGUGUGAAUGUGGGAGGACUAACCAUAACUGUUGGUUAGUGUAAGAAGAGGGCAGCUGGACAGAACUUUGCUGUGCUUAGGCUACUGUAUUUCUAAUUAAGUUCUCACUGAAUUCUGGUUCCUUGAAACACAGAUGUACAGUACUGAAGACUUUAAAGAUUACUUGUUUACAGUUUUGUAAAUACUUGGAAUGAGAUUGGGAGGCAAAAGUAAAAUGCAAUAGUGCAAUAUUAUUAAAUGUUUUUGAUCUAGAAGAUAUGUUAUGGGAGAAGCUUACAAUUAAGUGUCAGUAUGACAUGCGUCAGAGCAAACAGUGUUACUGUGAGUACAUUUUCUGGGGGAGGUGUUGGCAUUAUGGUUAACCUUGUAAGUAGAACACUUGUAAAAGAUAAUUCAUUGUAGACAUUGUGUCUCAAUGAGAAGGAAGAGUGAAGGAAAAUCAAAGGAGACAAAGUGUUGUAGGCUUGAAGUCUUACUUUGAGAUUAGGUUCAGCAUGCCCCAUGAACACAACAGAGUUGCUGAUAUGUUACACUACGUUAACCUUAAAGCAGCUACGCACAUUGAAGUGGUAUGCUUUAAAGUGCAUACAUGAAUGUUUCUCUUACCUGGUGUGCCUGUGAAGAAUGAAUGAGCUUUUAACUGGACCUUCUGAAGGAGUUUUUCUUAUACUGUGCAUUCCAUGUCCUUCAAGAACAUUCUUUAGCCCAGCCUGCUUGUCUCUUAAAAUGCUGUGUCCUGCACUGGGAGUGGCAGCACUGGCAAGAGUGCCUUGAAUUGCUGUUAUCAGCUUCCCAAAUAACUAGAUUGGAAUUGACAGUACUUGUAAUUAGAGCCCAUCUCUCUCCUUGUGUUGCCCAGUACAUUGCUGUAAGAAGUGGUAGAGCCAAAGACUGCAGAGAAC